CGCAAAUUAGAAAGACAUGGACGUUUGUAAGCAGUGACGAAGUUGGCUUGGGGAAAACGAAACAGGGAAAGAAAAGUAAUGGGACGCUAUUCUAUUUCUACUACAUAGACAGAAUUCAGCCAAGAUCUUCUUGCAUAACAAUGGUGCUAUGGGAAAUUACAUUAGGGACAGCGUAUUUCUUAGGGUUAAAGAGAACAUACAGGCUUGCUCUUCACAUUCAACGUCGUCUUGUUAGCCCUAAACACCCCAAGAUCCGUCAAUUCCUCCACAGGAAAACUCGAACUGUAUUUGAUGCAACACUGAAGGUUCAUCGCGAGGUACAACGGAGAGACAUUGAAAUCGGUCGGAAUCUGGGCAAUUGGAUUCUCAAGUGGCUUGAGAAGAUGGAACCGGUGACCCAGAUUCGAGCUGGAAGUUUUGCCCCAUAUGUGAGGAACACGAUGAGAAUGCCAAACAGAAACAUGCAGUUGAUAGAAUCAUUUCAACAGAAAAGUAGAGGAGGAUUUGGGUAUCGAGAAUCUGGAAGGCGUCUUGUUACAUCGUCGAGAAAUCUUUGGCUUACAACAUAUCCGACUAUUGCGAAGUUGUUGAGGCGUCGAGAGCUUGUUGCGAGUAAUAUGCAGUACAGAGAUAUGGUUUCAAGCAGCAAGAAGAGUUUUGGGUUUAAUGGAGUUGUUCGUAAUGAUAUAAUGCAAUGGUUGGCUCAUGGGUAGUGUUUGUUCUUGUGGAUUUUCAUAGUUGUUAUUGUUCCUUUCUGAGAGUAAAUCAAAUUGAAAAAAUAUCUUCCAAAUCCUCUGUUGUAGUUAAUAUAGGAAUGGAUGUCAAUGUCAAUGGGUUGUUUUUCCAUUUUUGCUGUGGAAU